AACACGUGGAAAACAUCGACAACUUCACAACGUAACAGCCCCGUCACUCUAAUAUAAUUCUUUUUAAAUACCUGUCAAGGCACUGUACGCGACGGUCAUUUCAGCUCUUACUCUCCACUCUCCACUCUCCACUUUCUGAAUUAAGGUAUGGCUGAGGAGGCAGCGAAAGCAGUGACGCCAAACGCAGAGUUGCUGGAAUGGCCGAAGAAAGACAAGCGUCGUUUGCUUCAUGCUGUGUAUCGUGUUGGUGAUCUUGAUCGCACCAUUAAGUUUUAUACAGAAGGAUUUGGAAUGAAGUUAUUAAGGCACAGGGAUAUACCAGAAGAGAAAUACUCCAAUGCAUUUCUUGGGUUUGGACCUGAAGAGUCUAAUUUUGUUGUUGAAUUAACUUACAAUUAUGGGGUGACUUCAUAUGAUAUUGGAGAAGGUUUUGGUCAUUUUGCAAUUGCAACUGAGGAUGUUUAUAAGCUAGUAGAAAAGCUCCGUGCCCUUGGUGGUAACGUUACUAGGGAACCUGGUCCGGUCAAAGGUGGAGCAUCUGUAAUUGCUUUCGUGAAGGAUCCUGAUGGCUAUGCUUUUGAGCUCAUCCAGAGAGGUCCAACUCCUGAGCCCCUCUGCCAAUUAAUGCUCCGUGUUGGAGAUCUUGAUCGCUCUAUCAAGUUCUAUGAAAAGGCCUUGGGGAUGAAGCUAUUGAGGAAGAUUGAUAGACCUGAGUACAAGUACACAUUGGCCAUGAUGGGGUAUGCUGAUGAAUAUGAGACAACUGUUCUGGAAUUGACUUACAACUAUGGUGUGACUGAAUACACCAAGGGAAAUGCAUAUGCACAGGUUGCAAUUAGUACUGAUGAUGUGUACAAAAGUGCUGAGGUUGUCAACCUUGUUACGCAAGAGCUUGGUGGUAAGAUAACACGUCAACCAGGACCAAUUCCUGGAAUCAACACAAAAAUCACCUCUUUUCUAGAUCCAGAUGGCUGGAAAUCUGUUCUGGUUGACAAUGAGGACUUCCUCAAAGAACUCCACAAGGAAGAGUGAUUGCAUAAAUAGAGGAUACUGGAUCCUUUACUAUCUAAGCUUCGCCAUCUGCGUAUGCAUAAUGAUGCCCAGUGUUUGUAUAUAUCCAUGACAGCAGCCAGUAGCUAUCCCAGUAUGUGUCGACGGCUGCUGUUGCCUGUGGCUUCCAACUGGAAUAAAAUGUUUGUGGUGGUUUUUCGAGACU